CUGCAGCACUUGGAACCACGGUCGCGCUCUGCCAUCUAUCGUGAAAGCAGUUUUCUUUUCUUCCGGAGAACACUUGCUGAUUUUUCGUUUCGUACAUCAACAUACCUAGAAAAACUGUUUAUUUCGAGUGCGAUGCUCUACUUCUAUUUCUAGUUUCUGCAGCAGCGAACCGCAGCGAAAGGGCAUGAAGGGGGUUCUCACUUCGCGGCGUUUUCGGAAAAUAAAUGGCGGUGAAGAACAGAGAGAGGGAGCGCAACGACGCACCACCGGCGAAAUCUACUGGACGCAGCUCCAGCGUCGCGCACUGCAACAGAUUCGUUUUGUCAUCUGCGCCAGUGGCGUCCUCUGCCUAGUGUUGCAUUCGGAUGCAAGAAACUCAGACGAGCUACUGCCGGUUCCAUUGAGUCGGUUGUCUGGGUCCGAACUUGCCGAAAAGCGCGCGAUUAUCAACGCGGGCGCAGCGACGUUGCCAUUUGCUUCUGGGGGCACGGAGGAGCAGAAUGCGCUGAAGUUUUCGCUGGAUCUUGUUUUCUCCAUCGUAGACCGGACGGUCUCGUUGCAAAAUGUUGUGGAGUCCCUCGACAGCCUGCGGAAUGCGUUGCACUCCUUCCGCGCAGACGAGCAAGUCCCACGACCAAAGUCUGUCGGCGGUCGUGCGCCCUGGUCUGAGCGCCUCUCGCGUCAGGUGGUCCAGUGGAGCGAUAUGUUGGCACGGAACCAGACCCGGUUCGCGAAAAAAGUGCACGGGAAAGAGUUGUGCGAGAAGCUACCCAGUUUGCUGGACGAAAUAUGGAUGAGCGUGGUCUUGUAUCAGUCGGGGCGCAACGAUGGGGAACUUGUUUCCGCGUCGCUGCCUGUGCACGAGUUCGCGUCGGAGCUGCUGGGGCGCAGCAAGUGCUGUCAGACGCUCGUGCAGAAGCAGCUGUACUACGCCUGGUCCUUCCUCCUGGAACCCGCCACGGAGUGGCACGUGCAGGAACGGUUUCGGUCAUUGUGGCAGUGCAUGGAGCGCAUGUUUUGGGGCCCCGGGUACGCGAAGCCGCUGUCGAGCAUUCGGGGCUUGUUGUGGGACACCACCAUGGAUGCCAUGGACCUACGCCGCUACGCGGUCAACGAAGCACUCACGGUGCAGUUUGCUUUUCUUCCGCUGUGCGUGCACCGGACUUUGGCCACGGAGUUCGAUCGCUGGGUCGACAUUGGGCAGUUCAACGCACACUACAUGCACUGCCAGGUGACUCACCUGGCGUUCGCACUGGACCACUUGAAGAUUAGUGGCAACCACGCCCGGUUUGCGGAAGUGUAUGACCACGUGCGGACCCACAAAGUCCAGACGCUCGCGGGCGCUACCUGGUGGUCUCCGCACUACACCGCGAUUGGCGGCCUGCCGGGCCUCCUCGCCUGGCCUUGGUGGCAGCUGCACCCGAAAGUGAAGCCGGUAGUCGAGUUCUUGGAGAAGCACUUUGACACGCUCGCGGCCGAGGUGCGGUUCCUGGAAGACGACGAGCAGCUUUUGUCCGAUGCGUACCGGGAUACUGCCCGGAAUCUGCGGUGGCACAUGGUGAACCUUUUGGGAAAGGACGAACGCGCAAAGCGGAGCUGCCAGCGCGCGCCGGAAACGUGCCGGCUGCUGGAGGAACACUUCCCUUGGAAUACCGAGGAGGACUACAGUCAGAAGCGGUGGUCUUGGUCCGUGGUUCGGCCGGGCGGGAACAUGGGGGGACACAUAUCAAAAUGAAAGAUCCCCCCUCCCCAUAUCAAAGUGGAAAUCUGUGAUGCGGGAUUCGUGUACACAAAUCGGGUUUGUCUUGCAGUAGAGGACUGCAGGCAGAUACAAAGCCGGAGCAGGGUAUGGGAGCGUCAGGAUCGAAAUCGACAAAAUCGAAAAAAAAUUCCGGCAGUCCUUUGAGGGGGCCUUCAGGGCACCCCCUCCGGGACCCAUUUCGAUUCUGACACACUCAAGCAUACCGUGGUGGCUAGCUCGAAAAGGGCCAAGUGUGUCAGAAUCGAAAUGCGAAAUCCUAGCCCCCCUCUAGGGGGUCCCGGAAUUUUUUUUCGAUUUUAAGAAUUUCGAUCCUGACGCCUCCAUACAGGGGCGUUUUGGUAUAGGCGCCUAGCAAGGCAGGCGCGUCCUCCGUAGGCCGCACAGCAUUACAAAUGGCCUGCAAGAAAAAGCGGCGGAGUCUCUGGAUUGGCCUUCCAGCAAUACAGAGACGAUUUGUGGCCACAAAUCAGCAUCAUAAAUUUUCAGAAGUAUCCUUUUUUGGUAUGGGGAGGGGGGAUUUUUCCUCACAAUAACACACCGGGCAGACCAUGCGGCUGAACGUGCAGAUCUGCGCGCAGGGGUGCGAGGCGGCGGAGCUCCACGUGAACGGGCAGGUCAUCCCCUACAUCCGCGGGAAAGCGCUGGCGUGGCAGGACGGAUGGCGGCACGAGGUUUGGAACCAUGAUGCGACCCAGAGUCGUUGGGUCUUCAUGAUUAUGCAAAUAAAUUGCAAACACUUCUGUUUCUCAAGGAGGGUCUAGAACAAAAGUGCAGCGCUUGUGAUGCACAUUUUGCACGUCCUUGAGUUGACCGCCCAUGAUCUCUGUGACGUACGCCGAGCACGACAAAAUUUUUUGAGGGCUGCUUGAUGCCGAUGCCGCAUGAGAAAUGCCUCUCUGCGUGGCAAUAAUCUACGCUCCUCUUGUUGCUGGCCAUGGAACAGUACAGUAUAGUUUUUAGAAUGAGAAUCCAAAGGUAGCAUCGCAAGUUGCACCCUUUUUGACCCAGACAGAUUUACAACGCAUAGUGCUGACUCUCCCGCACCCCGAUUUGGAAGAAGCCAUGGAGAGCCAGUGCGCAAGAAGAGCCCUCGCUGGGGCCCCGGUCGCGGGUACUAGUAAGAGCGCCAUCUCAACACCAGUAGAAAAGGAAGACGGAGAUGGGAAGGUGGCACGAGGCGAGAACUUUGUAUCCACCUCUGACCGCGCCGGAGGGGGCCCGGAAGAGGAAGUCUCCGCAUCAUUUGUCAGCCUACCGUUGCCUGAAGCAAAGCAAAAGUCGACAUCGGAAUAUCAUUCCGGGAAUUCACGGCGGAGUCUGCAGGCGCAAGACCGACUGAAGCGGGUCGUCGAAAAAAGUGACGCGCGCCUGCGCAAACGAAAAGAUUGCCCGGGAGCGAGCUGGCCGGCAGCUUAUGCGCAGCUUCGAGAGCCGGACCCGGUACUCGUUGCGGAAAAGUUUAGUCUGCUUGCUCGCGCCAACGAUCCUUAUUACCGCGAGUGA